AUGCAAUUCAACAUUAUCAGCCUCAUGGCACCUGUCCUGACACCCGUCUUCGUGAGCGCGACACCCAUCGCCUCACCCAGGGGCGGAGGUGGUGGAUUCAGUGGUGGGGGCUUUGGAGGAGGUUUUGGUGGCGGCAGAGGAGGUGGAAGCCUUGGGGGCUCUUCCGGAGGCGGCUUCAAAGGCUACUCUGGAGGUGGCCGCUCUGGCUCGACUUCGUCCUCGUCCUCUAGCGGUAGCUUCGCCGCAGGAGCUGCCACAGGGUACGUCGGAGGUAUCUGGGUUGGCCAUGGCCCGUUCACUGGAGGAGCGGGUGGCGGGUCGUCCGGCGAGGGGCCACCGGCCGACUGCCUCGUCGCAAAGGCCGUGAACAAGGAGCUCAAGCCGAGCGUGGACUGCUUCUACUCCUGGGAGCACUGGCACGAGGACAACUUCCUCUUCUACGUGAUACGAAUCACGCCCACCGGCCAGAACAGCGAGGGCUGGGCCAAGGGCGUGCGGGACAACAUCAAGGGCGAGUGUGGCUCCGGCCAUAUUAACUACUUCGAUGCCGAUCGGUGGCACAACACCAACGAGGACUUUGGCGAGCCGCGCAAGAUCAACGGCACCACGUUCCACGGGCUCGAGAUGACCGUCCCGCUGGGCAAGUGGAGCGCGGGCGAGGACGAGAAGAGCUGCGUCACUUCCGCGAUCAAGAAGGCUUCUUGUGGUGUUGACCUCACUUUUACCAACGGGACUUGCUACCGGAAGCCAGGAACCCUGCUUGUGCCUAUCACUAUCCCGGGUCAAGUCUGA